AUGUGUGAAGAACCAACCGAUAAACAUACACUCAAUUUAAUUCAUUUAUAUCAACAUGAACUGGAAAAGCCAACUUCAUCAGAAAGCGAAAUAACAGAAGAAAAUGAAUUAAAUUUUGAAAUUAAAUAUAAUAAUUCGUUUAUAUUGGAAGCAGUUUUUUGGCGUUAUAGAAGCUUUAUAGAAGAUUUUACGGUUGGGGGAGAUGAGGUUUUAACAAAUAAUGACGUUAUAGAACAUUUUGGUGAAUUAUUAAAUACUUCGGGUUAUCGAGGAGAAAUUAAGAUAACCGAUGAAAUAGCUGAAAGAUAUAAGGAAUUUUUACUGAACGGCCAAAAAUUGUUAAAUAUGAAGGAGCUGAAGGAAGAGAAUUUACGUAAAAGACUUUGUUUAGUCCACUCUUUUGUUAUUAAAUGGGCAAAUGAUUCAAUCUUGAAUGAGAGUUUAAUGUGGAGUUCAAUUAUGAAUACGACGUUGGGAUUGCCAAUUAUUGUAGGUUUUUAUCUGAGAAUUUAUAUGUUCAGAGAGUUCGGAUGUUGGGGAGAAUCUGUCCAGUUUCUUGAUUUUAGCCUAAGAGAAGAAAAUUCUUAUUUACGUCUUACUAUAUGUAGGAAUCACACCGAUACAAAAACGGAUUCGUAG